AUGACCGGGAAUCCUUAUGCAGCGUACAAAGAGCUCGUUCGAGAAGAACUGUUUGGUCCUCAAGAUGGUAACCCCUCGGUAGCAACAGACAGCAGAAUUACGACGCGGCGCGAGCGUGCUAUCAGUCGUUCCUUGCGCCGCGGCAUUAUAUUCAUCAUUGUCUGCUUUGUCCUGUACUUCAUCUAUGUGACUCACCUUUUCGCCAAGACGUCGAUACGCUCCAAGGGUACCGUCUCUACAACAUACUCGACCACUGGAUCCAAGAAAGUGCCUCUGGAGGCACACAUCAUGAGCAAAUGCCCCGACGCCCGGGACUGUCUGCAGCAACUCGUCGUGCCGGCUAUGGAGAAGAUCAGUGACAAGGUUGAUUUUCAGCUUUCCUUCAUUGCAAGCGUCUCCAAUAAAACCUCUGAGGUGGAGUGUAUGCACGGUCCAACCGAAUGUAUUGGGGACAUGAUUAUUCUCUGUGCAGCCAAUCUUCCCUUCCCUCCUGGCCAAAAAUCGUCCUCUUCCUCGUCUUCCCUCACGUUCCGCCCGCGCACCCCAACAAUCCGUUCUCUUGGCUUCGCCAAUUGCCUGAUCAGCUCCUAUGAGAAGAUUCCCGAUCGCACGCUGGUCGAAGGCUGCGCGCUCGAGCACGGCAUCGACUUCAACGAGCUGAAUCAGUGCGCAAGCCGUGAGGAUGACGAUGACGACGACUCGUCACAGGAAGACCCGAGUGGGAUUGCCUUACUGCGCAGGAGUGCACGCCGCAGCGAGGAGUUGGGGAUCAAGACGAGCUGUACAGUACGGCUGGAUGAAUCAGUUUGGUGCGUCCGGGAUGGAGGAGUGUGGAGGGAUUGUGCUAAGGGCGGGGAAGGAAGUAAGGUACGAACAUUGGUGGAGGAGGUAGAGAAAUUGUGGAAAGAAAGGAAUUAA